CAGUAGUAAGUCAGGCCUAGCUUGACCAGUGACUCCAGGCGAGAUCUGAGGCGCUGAGCUGCUGUCUGUCUCUGCCCAGAUCGAAGAUGGCGGUGUCGGUGUUCCCAGGCGUGCGCCUCCUCUCCAUCGGAGACGCCAACGGAGACAUACAGCGACAUUCAGAGCAGCAGCCUCUGCGGCUAGAAAUCAAAAUCAACCAGGACGUGGCUCUCAUAAGCCUCUCGAACAAUGAGGAGACGUGUGUCUUUAAGUGUUCAGUAUCACGAGAGACAGAAUGCAGUCGUGUUGGGAAGCAGUCCUUCAUCAUUACUCUGGGCUGUAACAGUGUCCUCUUGCAGUUUGCAUCUCCAGCAGAUUUCUCGUCAUUCUAUAACCUCCUGAAGAAUUGCCGUGGACAUGGGGGUGAACACUCAGUCUUCAGUGACAGGACGGAGGAGUCCUCAGCUGUACAGUAUUUCCAGUUUUAUGGCUACCUCUCUCAGCAACAAAACAUGAUGCAGGAUUAUGUGCGAACUGGAACAUAUCAACGGGCUAUCCUCCAGAAUCAUACUGACUUCAAGGAUAAAGUGGUGCUGGAUGUAGGCUGUGGCUCUGGGAUUCUGUCAUUUUUCGCUGCUCAGGCUGGUGCUCGUAAAGUUUAUGCUGUGGAGGCCAGUACCAUGGCUCAACAUGCAGAGGUUCUUGUGAACAGUAACAGGCUGUCAGAGCGUGUGGUGGUGAUUCCUGGGAAAGUGGAGGAAGUGUCCCUACCUGAGCAGGUGGACAUAAUCAUCUCUGAACCCAUGGGCUACAUGCUGUUCAAUGAAAGGAUGCUGGAGAGCUACCUGCAUGCCAAAAAGUUCCUCAAGCCCAACGGCAAAAUGUUUCCCACAAUCGGAGACGUGCACCUCGCCCCUUUCACAGAUGAGCAGCUUUAUAUGGAGCAGUUUACAAAGGCCAAUUUCUGGUACCAGCCAUCUUUCCAUGGGGUGGAUCUGUCUGCGCUGAGAGGAGCUGCAGUAGACGAAUACUUCAGACAGCCGAUUGUGGACACGUUUGAUAUCAGGAUCCUGAUGGCCAAAUCAGUGAAAUAUACAGUGAACUUUUUAGAAGCUAAAGAAGAGGAUCUUUACAAGAUAGAAAUCCCCUUCAAAUUCCACAUGAUGCAUUCAGGGCUUGUACAUGGGCUGGCUUUUUGGUUUGAUGUCGCAUUCAUUGGAUCAGUGAUGACGGUGUGGCUCUCCACGGCCCCCACAGAACCCCUCACUCACUGGUACCAGGUGCGCUGUCUGCUGCAGUCACCUCUCUUUGCCAAGGCAGGGGACACCAUGUCAGGCACUGCACAUUUAAUCGCCAACAAGAGACAAAGCUAUGACAUUAGUAUUGUUGCUCAAGUGGACCAGACAGGCUCCAAGUCCAGUAAUCUUCUUGACCUCAAGAACCCCUUCUUCCGGUACACGGGCACAACACCGACCCCUCCUCCAGGUUCACACUAUUCCUCCCCGUCAGAGAACAUGUGGAACACUGGGGGAACCUACAGCAUGAGCCAAGGCAUGGCUGUGUCAGGGAUGCCUGCAGCCUAUGAUCUCAGCACUGUCAUUGGCGGCAGUGGGACUACAGUGUCCCACAACAAUAUCAUCCCCAUUGGUACAGACACGCAUGCACUGAACACGGGGAUUGUGAAUCACACUCACUCCAGAAUGGGUUCUAUAAUGAGCACCGGAAUCGUCCAGGGGGCCACAACUGCCCAGCAGGGUCCUAGCAGCAGCAGUCCGUAUUACCCUGUCACCAACCAGUUCACCAUGGGUGGCCCGGCUAUCUCCAUGGCAUCUCCUAUGGCCAUCCCCAGCAACACCAUGCACUACGGGAGCUAAGGCCAAGGGACGGUCUCUGCAUGUCCAUUUACCCCCCCCCAACCCAACCCAACCCAACCAAACUGACCGCAGCCAAAUUCAGAAUACCAAAACCAAUGCACCAGUCUCUGACCAUCACUUUAUAGCCUCUCUCUCUCGCUCUCGCUAUAUAUAGAUAUACAUGUAUACGUAUGUAUAUAUAUAUAUAUAUUCUAAACUAUGUUUCUCUCACUGGUGUUUUAUUCUUACAUAUCCGUCCCGUGG